AUGAAAACCCUGCUUCGUCACUCUCCUCUUUCCCCAAUCUCCGACUCCGCCCAUCCUCCAACCACCGUCCUCGUAGCCGUCGUCGUCGUAGCAAUUCUCCCCCGUCGCCGCCCGCCCGGGCCUGGGGAUGACCACGCUCAUGGAGACGGCGUCGCCCAUGGAGAAUCUGGCGGCGGGCGAGCUGUCUUUGGUUUCCCCGGGGUAGGCGUCGUAGAAGCCGUGCUAGAUCAGGAUCGCCUUCCCUGGUUGAAUCUUUCGGUGCCAGAUUCGGAUCGUUCCCUAUGUGUUCAUCUAAUUCGUCUCCUCGCGCCGCCGGGCACGGCUUUCCUCCGUAAACAAGUUCUCCUGCUGCAGAAGUGGGAAUAUGAAGUUGAGCCACCUCAUGCACUCAUCACUGCGACUGCUGCAGGAAACCGGCUUUACUUGUUCAACGUCACUGCAAAUGGUCUUCAGUGGAAGAGACAUUACCCGGAGUUGAAGAAGAUAGCUGACUCGUUUCGUGUUGUUUAGUCAGUAGCUUGUUAGAUCUUUGUACAAUCAGAAGAAGAGUUCGAAAGGGUAUUUCGAAUCUCUUGGUGUUCUCGUCGUGGAAACAAUCGAGAGGCCAGAAUGUACGGUGCUUAGUAAAGAGUAUGCAAGUUGACAUACUAUCUGAUACUACAUACUAGCAAUCCUCUUCAUGGUAACUUUGUAGCAAG